GCGAGUGGGUGGAUUCGAACGAGAGUCAAUGGCCGGGCGGGGCCAGAACGCCCCCAAGUUCCCAAGCCCGCCAGCGCAACGGGCGGGGCUCCAACUCCGCAGGUUCCCCGCUUGGGGGCCUGAGCUGAGCCGUCGCCUAGCAACGCUCCGCCCCGCCCCCCGGCCCUCCGCGGGCGCCUACCCCCGGCAUGGCCUGGCUGUGGGUCACCAGCUGCGGGCUACUGCUGUUCGUCGUUGUCCUGCUCUUGAGCCCCCGCAGCUGCCGAGCGCGGCGGACCCUCCGCGGCCUGUUCAUGGCGCGUAGCAGGCGGCUGCUCUUCCGAAUCGGGUACAGCCUGUACACCCGCACCUGGCUCGGGUACCUCUUCUACCGCCAGCAGCUGCGAAGGGCUCGGAAUCGCUACCCCAAAGGCCACUCCAGAACCCAGCCCCGCCUCUUCAAUGGAGUGAAGGUGCUUCCCAUCCCCGUCCUCUCGGACAACUACAGCUACCUCAUCAUCGACACCCAGGCCCGACUGGCUGUGGCUGUGGACCCUUCAGACCCUCAGGCCGUCCAGGCUUCCAUUGAGAAGGAGGGCGUUACCUUGGUGGCCAUUCUUUGCACCCACAAGCACUGGGACCACAGUGGAGGGAACCGUGACCUCAGCCGGCGGCACCAGGACUGUCGGGUAUACGGGAGCCCUCAGGAUGGCAUCCCCUACCUCACCCAUCCCCUGUGUCAUCAAGAUGUGGUUAGUGUGGGACGGCUUCAGAUCCGGGCUCUGGCCACCCCCGGCCACACUCAAGGCCAUCUGGUCUACCUGCUGGAUGGGGAGCCCUACAAGGGUCCCUCCUGCCUCUUCUCAGGGGACCUGCUCUUCCUUUCUGGCUGUGGACGGACCUUUGAGGGCACCGCAGAGACCAUGCUGAGUUCGCUGGACACCGUGCUAGGCCUGGGGGAUGACACUCUGCUGUGGCCUGGUCACGAGUACGCGGAGGAGAACCUGGGCUUUGCAGGCGUGGUGGAACCUGAGAACCUGGCCCGGGAGAGGAAGAUGCAGUGGGUGCAGAGGCAGCGGAUGGAGCGCAGGAGCACGUGCCCGUCCACCCUGGGGGAGGAGAGAUCCUAUAACCCGUUCCUGAGGACCCACUGCCUGGUGCUGCAGGAGGCUCUGGGGCCAGGGCCAGGCCCCACGGGCGACGAUGGCUACUCACGGGCCCAGCUCCUGGAGAAGCUCCGCCAGCUGAAGGACCUACACAAGAGCAAGUGACCCCAGCCCAGCCCAGCGCAGCCCACCCCCCACAGCGGGAGGCUGCCCAUCCCCCACACCACCGCCUCCCUCUCAUCACUACCACCACCACCACCUCCAUCGGCCUGUCAGUGGGCACCACUCCCCGACGCUGGUCGGGGUGGGGGGAAGAGGAGGGACAAGGCGGUGAGACCUUGAGACGGAGAGGAAGGGGGCUGAGCGAAGACUCGGAGCCUCCACCGGGUGAGGCUGAGUCCGGGAGGGCAGAGCUAACUGGGAGGGUCCCCUCCUCCCUUCCCCCGUUCCUGCCAUGGCAGGGAGGACGUGGAAGCCUCACUCUCCCUGUAGCCCCUUCACUCAGGGCAGCCGGAGCCAUGAAGAGGUUGAGUCCAUCGUCCCUCCCUUCCCCUCCCCCACCCCAGAGCUGGGAAAAAAACUCACUCGCCUAGAGUGGCCCUGAGGUGAGGUGCCCUGGGAAAGCGGUCCCUCAGAGGGGGACCUGGGCUCUGGUCUACUGAGACACUGCCCCUCCCCCCAGCCUCCCUGCCCUGCCCCCAUCCAGCGCCCACGAAGGCAUUUUUCCAACAGAGCCAUCUCUGAGAGAGAGGAAAAGGCUGGAAGCCUGGCUGUGGACAGUCUCUGCCUCAGUGACUCCCCUACAGCCUGGAAGGGAGAGGGUCCUGGUUGCCAAGGAAAUCUGAGUUCAGGCUGUAGAGACACCAGGAGGCUGGGAUUGCAGCCCCCGUCUUGGGCACACACACGCUCCCUGCACAGCUGGCCUAGACCUGCCCACCGGCCCGGCUCUGCCCUGGGCCAGUGGGGCCCCUCCUUCCCCGGGGGACAGAGAGCCAUUGUCCGCCAGGGUCACUGUGCUUUUCUCAUUAUGACCCGUAUUCUUAGCAACUCCUGCUCUAAUCUCAACCCUUUCCUCUUUUAGUUGGAAGACAUUCAUCUGGUCCUUUGCAGUUAGCCAAGGACACUCCCAUGUCCUUUCUCAUUGGGCCCUUGGCCCCAUUCUGGCGGGAGUGGGGGGGGGGUCUGCGCCGCAGAGAAAGGAAAUCAGAAGUCCAGGAGCAGACAGCUCUCAAGUGAGUGGCAGCUUCUAGGACCCCAGGCCUGGGCCCUCCCCUCGGCUCAGCCCUCCCUCAGCUCAGCUCCUCUGGCCUCAGAUGUUCUUUGGGCAGGUGUACCGCGGGUCAGCCAGGAGCCUUUUCUUUCUGGGUCAGAGCCUUCCCUUGGACCCUGCUCACCUCUAGAGAGUCUCCGAGAUGCCCCCCUCCCUCAGUUUCCCCUCAUCAUCCUGCCUCUGCCUCCCUAUCCAGCCACAGCCUCUGGUACCAACUCUAGCAAUACCGCCAGAAUAGAGUUCCCUGCCCCUUGACACCUGCAGGUUCAUGCCUCUGUGCCUUUGCUCAUGCUCUUUCUUCGGACUGGAAUGCCUUUCUCACUGCUCCUCCUGCCUUGUCUGCCUGGCAAACACCUAUUCAUCUCUCACAAUCCCCCUCAAAGACCGCCUCCUCCAGGAAGACCGCCUCCAUGCCCCUCCCCCUCCAGGCUACCUCUGCUCCUUGUGAAUGCUUCUCUUGCGGCACUUAUCACACUGUAUUUUACUUGUUUACACGUUUGUCGCCCCUUCGAGACUGUGAACCCUUCAGGGCAUGGACUGUAUCUUAUGCAUCUCUGUAUUUCUGCGCCUAGCACGGUGCCUGGCACGCAGUAGGCGCUCAAUAAAUGUUGAAUGAAUGAAUGAUUUGA